AUGCAGUCCGUUCUAGGCAAGGUGAUUGGACCCACAAAGGUGGAAGUACAUGAUCUCAAUGGCCGUGUUGCGCUUGUGACGGGAGGCGCCUUGGGCAUUGGCUUCGAAGUAAGCCGGGCCUUCGCCCUCGCCGGCGCUCGCGUCAUCAUGGUGAACCGCAAGGAAGAACAAGGCGACGACGCCAUCAACAAGAUCAAGAGCGAGAAGGCAGACGCCCAGGUCGAAUGGAAGCACUGCGACAUGGGCAACCUCGCCGAAGUCAGGGAAGUUUUCAGCAAGAUUCGCGAGAGCGAGGAGCGCUUGGAUCUUUUGAUUCUAUCAGCUGGCAUAAACACCAACCAGUACGGAGAAGACGCGGACGGCAUCGAUCGUCACUUCGGCGUCAACUGGCUCGGCCACUUCUACGUCUGCAACCAGCUCUGGCCGCUGCUGAGGAAGACCAGCAAGAUGCCCAACACGCCUGCACCGAGGGUCAUAUUCGAGGCGAGCGAAGUGCACAGGAUGGCGCCGUCGAACGUCCAUUUCGGGAGUCUCGAGGAGCUGAACAACCCGGACAUAGAUGGCACGCAGCUGUAUGCCAGAACCAAGCUGGCAAUGAUCCUGGGAGCCAAGUACGGUUUGGUGAAGAAGGUCAUAGAGCCGAACGGGGAUCACAUCUAUGCGCUGUCAGUACAUCCGGGUGCGGUGAAUACUGCCAUGCAGCAGCAGUGGAAGGAUGCCUACCCGGGCAUCACGGGCAAGCUCCUUACGGCAGCCAUGUUGUUCGUCGGUCGCAACCCUGAGCAAGGUUCAUACAGCGCCUUGUGGGCCGCAACCGCUCCAGAGAUUGAGGAGAAGAACAUGAACGGCCAUUACUUCAACGAUCCGGGCACGCCAGGCAAGGAGUCUUCACAAGCUUCCGACCCCAAUCUCGGCGCAGCGCUGUGGGAUCUCAGCACCCGUCUCAUCAAGCAGAAGCUAGGCGAGGACGCUCUGGUGGACUGGAACGCGACUGCGUGA